AAGUUAUUUGAACUUUAGUGGAAAAAGAAGCAGUCAAAAAUUAUUUGCCUUUGGCAAUUACUGCUGCCAUUAAAGAAUAUGUAACAAUUGAAUUAGAUCUUGGUGCAAGUGCACAAGAAUUGAAGUGCAAGGAAGUAACGAAUAUUAAGUAUAAAGUUCGUGGACCUAUGAAAGUUCAUCUCGUUGGCAAUUCUAAUUUAAAGUUAGAUAUUUCACAAUCAGUAUUAUAUUUAAAAGAGCAGGGAUAUCAAGGCAUUGUUUUUGCACAUCUCGAGCAACUUGAGAAACUUGAGAAUCAUGGAUGGUUGACUCUAAUUGAUUCCACUUAUAAAACAAAUAGAUAUGAUUGGCGUCUAUUUACACUGUACAUUCGUAAUACUUACGGAUACUGAAAUAUAGGUGUGCAUUUUUUUGUAAGCAGUGAGAAUAGUGAUACUGUUGCAGAAGCUUUAAAAAAAAUUUGCAGCUAUUGCCAUUAGACUUCCCGCUACAUCCUAUCUGAUCAAAG